AUGGCCGCCUGGGUGCUCCCCCUGGGCAUUCUCCUCCUGCUGCCCUCACCUGUCCCAGCUCCCUGUCACAUCGCCAAGGGCUCUGAGUGCCAACGGGCUCGACGUUUAGUGCCUGGUGUGGAGCUGGCUGGAGAAGGUGUGGAUGUGACCACCCUCCAGCGUUCAGGCUACAUCUUAGUGGACAGAAAGCGCCUCCGGAGGUCUGACGGUACCUGCACCCUCUGCCGCAACACCCAGAAGCCAGGCAGCCUUUGGCUCCUGCCCUUGGCCUUCACCGACUGGCGUGCCCAGGGCGCUGCCUGCCAACGCCAGGUGAUCAAGACCAACAUCGUCUCCACAGAGGGUGUGGCCAAUGAACUGGCCAAAAGUAUCACCAACAACUGGAAACUUGGGCUGGACGUGAACGUCAAGCCAGAUAGCAACACGCAUGUGACCAUGGCCGGCUCGCAUUCCAAGGCAGCCAACUUUGCUGCAGAGAAGACUCACCAAGACCAGUACAGCUUCAGCAGGGACCUGGUGGAGUGUCGCUUCUACAGCUUUCGUGUGGUGCAUGAUCCCCCACUGCACCCUGAUUUCAAGCGGGCCAUCAAGGACUUACCUCCCCACUUCAACACCUCUACGGAGCCCGACUACUUCAGGCUCAUCUCUAACUAUGGCACCCACUUCACCAGGGCCGUGCACCUGGGUGGCCAGGUCUCAGCCAUCACUGCUUUGCAAACCUGCAAGCUGGCCCUGGAAGGGCUCUCAUCCAACGAGGUAAGUGACUGCCUGGACACUGAGGCAGCCCUCAGCAUAGGCAGCAUAAUCAGCUCCUCUUCAGAAGUCAAGGCCUGCGAGGAAAAGAAGCGUCAGCACAAGAUGACAGCCAGCUUCCACCAGGUCUACAGGGAGCGCUAUUCCGAAGUGAUUGGGGGCCACCACACCUCCAUGCCUGAUCUGCUGUUCGGGACACAGGCCGGGCCUGAGCAGUUCACCAACUGGAUGACUUCACUGCAGGACAACCCCGGCCUGGUGGACUACAGCUUGGAGCCACUCCACAUCCUUGUGAAGAAAGAAAACCCCCGGCGGGAGGCCCUGAGACGGGCUGUGAGUAAAUACGUGAGGGGCAGGGCAAGAUGGAGGAACUGCAGCCAGUCCUGUCCCCCGGGACAGUGGAAGAACCCCCGUAACCCAUGUCAGUGUAUGUGCCCGGCCUCAGGGGUCACCAACCAGGACUGCUGCCCCCGAGAGAAGGGCCUGGCUCAGCUGAAGGUGGAGAAGUUCCAGGCAACAGGCUUGUGGGGAGACAAUACCACUCCUACUGAUGCUUACCUCAAGGUCUUCUUUGGAACCAGGGAGCAGAGGACAAACACCGUGUGGAACAACAACAACCCCACGUGGACAAUAAAACUGGACUUUGGGGAUGUGCGCCUGUCCACAGCGGAGCACCUGAAGGUGGAGGUCUGGGACGCGGAUUACGGAUGGGACGAUGACCUCCUGGGAGUCUGUGACAAGGCUCUACACUCUGGCACGCAUGAGGUGAAUUGUAAGCUGUCCCACGGUCAACUGACAUUCCAGUAUCAUGCCAAGUGCCUGCCCCACCUGACAGGGAAUACCUGCCGGGAGUACGCCCCCCAAAAACGUUUAGGGGAGCCACCAGGAAACCAAAGUGGGGCAGUGUGGUGA